CUGAAUCACACCUGACAUGAGCUUUCAAUUUUUAAGUUGCACACUUCAAUGCCAUGAAAAGGCAAGAGUCAUUAGGUGGAAAGGCCAACACUGAGCCUCGUGAAAACAAACAAACAAACAGCAACAAUACUAACAUACUGUUCGAUGGAGCAGGGCAUCCUAUAUAAUACCAAGGCCUGCAACUGCAUGUGACUUAAAGCUUAUUAAAUGAAAAGUCAUUAACUGGGUGUUCCCUGAAAGCACGGCCUUAUCUGCCACUCGCCCUCUUAUUCUAUAAACUCGAGGCAAGCUACACUUUCCCAGAUGAUAGCAUUACCUGCUGCCACCAUUGAAAGAAUGCACUCAAUUUGUGAGUUAAGACCAUACCACCGUUUGGAGCUACUGUAAAAUCCGAGAGAUCCACUGUCCCAGAAUGAAAAUAUUGCUUGUUUAAUCCGCAUGGUUGGGAAUUCCAUCAGCUCUAUGUAUCUUUAUUUUGUUUUAUAAGAGCCACACCCGUGUAUGGUUUUUAUGUACCCAUUAACCAAUAUCUAGGGGCCUAUUCAAUUCAUUCAUGGAGAUCUACCAUCUUGAGAUUUUCUCACAAUAACGUUAGAAUCAAGUAAUUUGACCCAGCAUUUUUUAAACCAGAAUCGAGCAUGGGAGAAGCCGGGCAUCUUCAGCUGGGUUCUGUAGAUGGUGCCUCAGGUAGCAAAGAUGUCAAUGGUGGUAUUGCUCAAGAUGAGAAGACGAAGAAAACUGAGCACAGUCUUCCAUUCUUCAAGCUCUUCACUUUUGUUGAUAAGUAUGACUGGUUUCUAAUGUCUCUUGGAUCAGUGGGAGCAAUCAUCCAUGGCUCUGCCAUGCCUGUCUUCUUUUUACUCUUUGGAGAGUUAAUCAAUGGAUUUGGAAAAAAUCAGGACAACCCUGCUAAAAUGGCUGAUUUAGUUUCCAAGAAUGCAUUGAAUUUUAUCUAUCUGGGACUGGUGGUCUUGGUAUCCUCGUGGGCAGAGAUUGCUUGUUGGAUGCAUACUGGAGAGAGACAGGUGGGUAAAUGGAGAAAAAAGUAUUUGGAAGCAGUGUUGAAGCAGGAUGUGGGGUUCUUUGACACAGAUGCUGGAACUGGGGACAUCGUCUUCAGCAUUUCCACAGACACUCUCCUGGUUCAAGAUGCCAUCAGUGAGAAGGUAGGGAAUUUUAUACACUACCUAUCAACAUUCGUGGCAGGUUUAGUGGUUGGAUUUGUUUCGGCAUGGAGACUAGCUCUUCUGAGUAUCGCAGUUAUCCCAGGGAUUGCAUUUGCCGGAGGGUUAUAUGCUUACACGCUUACAGGGUUGACAUCCAAGAGCCAUGAAGCAUAUGCAAAUGCAGGCAACAUUGCAGAGCAAGCGAUUGCACAAAUCAGAACUGUCUACUCUUUUGUGGGAGAAAACAGAGCGUUAAAUUCAUAUUCAGAAGCUUUACAAACCACACAAAAGUUAGGUUACAAAGAAGGGAUGGCUAAGGGAUUGGGCAUAGGAUGCACGUAUGGAAUAGCAUUUAUGUCUUGGGCAUUGGUUUUUUGGUAUGCAGGGGUGUUUAUUAGAAAUGGCCAAACUGAUGGAGGCAAAGCAUUCACUGCCAUUUUCUCAGCUAUUGUUGGUGGAAUGAGUUUAGGGCAAUCACUCGCCAAUCUAGCUGCAUUUGGAAAGGGGAAAGUGGCUGGAUACAAGCUGAUGGAGAUCAUCAACCAGCAGCCUACAAUCAUCCAAGAUGUUUUAGAAGGAAAAAAGCUAGUGGAAAUCCAAGGCGAUAUCAAAUUCCAAGAUGUUACCUUCAGUUAUCCUUGCCGACAAGAUGUAUUUAUUUUCCGAAGUUUUUCAUUACAAAUCCCCCAUGGGAAGACUGUUGCAAUAGUGGGAGGUAGUGGAUCUGGGAAGAGCACUGUUAUAUCCCUCAUAGAGCGGUUUUAUGACCCCAAUGAAGGACAUGUAUAUUUGGAUGGUCAUGAUCUCAAAACUUUGCAGUUAAAGUGGCUUCGUCAGCAGAUUGGAUUGGUAAACCAAGAACCUGCAUUGUUUGCUACAACUAUCCUUGAAAAUAUAUUGUACGGGAAAGAGGAUGCCACUAUGGAAGAAGUUGAAGAAGCAGCAAAUGUUGCAAAUGCCCACAGCUUCAUAACCCUACUUCCAGAUGGCUACAAUACUCAGGUUGGGGAAAGAGGGGUUCAGUUAUCUGGAGGUCAAAAGCAACGAGUAGCAAUAGCCAGGGCAAUGUUAAAGAACCCUAAAAUUCUUCUCCUAGAUGAAGCAACUAGUGCUCUUGAUGCAAGCUCUGAAAGCAUUGUACAAGAAGCUCUUGACCGUCUGAUGAUAGGAAGAACUACCGUUGUCGUUGCUCAUCGUCUGGCAACCAUAAGAAAUGCAGACAUUAUUGCUGUUUUGCAGCAAGGUCAGAUUGUUGAAUUGGGAAAUCAUGAAGAUUUGCUUGCCAAAGGUAGCAGUGGUGCUUAUUCAUCACUAGUUAAGCUCCAGGAGAUGGCUAUGACAAGAGAUGGAAAUCUUCCUUUGAGGAAAUCAAAGUCUACACGUCUCAGCCACUCAUUAUCAACUAAAUCUCUAAGCCUCCGUUCAGGUAGCUUAAGAACUCUAACAUACCAAUAUAGUACAGGAGCGGAUGGGAGACUAGAAAUGAUUUCAAAUGCUGAUGCAAACAAGAUUAAUCCACCACCCAGAGGUUCUUACUUUCGGCUUCUCAAAUUGAAUGCACCUGAAUUGCCCUUUGCUCUUCUAGGGUCUGUGGGAUCAAUUUUCUCAGGUCUUAUUGGUCCAACUUUUGCCAUUGUAAUGAGCAAUAUGAUUGAAGUCUUUUACUACACUGAUGAUAAAGAAAUGGAGAGAAAAACAAAAACAUAUGUCUUUAUUUACAUUGGAGCUGGUCUUUAUGCUAUUGUUGCAUACCUGUCUCAGCACUACUUCUUUGGUAUAGUGGGUGAGAAUCUUACAACAAGAGUCCGGAAGAUGAUGCUUUCUGCAAUACUCUGCAAUGAAGUGAGCUGGUUUGAUGAAGAGGAGAAUAACUCAAGCCAGAUAGCUUCUCGUUUGGCAGCUGAUGCUACAAACGUUAAAUCAGCAAUUGCAGAAAGAAUCUCAGUUAUUUUACAGAACAUGACUUCAUUGCUUACUUCAUUUAUUGUUGCUUUCAUUGUGGAAUGGCGAAUGGCUCUACUCAUACUUGCCACAUUUCCUCUUCUCGUCUUUGCAAAUUUUGUCCAGCAACUGUCUCUUAAAGGAUUUGCAGGAGACACAGCAAAAGCACAUGCAAGAGCAAGCAUGGUAGCAGGGGAAGCAGUUAGCAACAUACGAACCGUAGCUGCCUUCAAUGCAGAGGAAAAAAUCCUCAAUCUUUUUGGCAAGGAACUAAAAUUACCUCAAACCCAAAGUCUAAAACGGGGUCAGUUAGCCGGCAUCCUCUUUGGAAUCUCACAACUCACAUUAUAUGGAUCACAGGCCUUAAUACUUUGGUAUGGCUCAAGACUGGUACAAAAUGGGACCUCAACGUUCUCCAGAGUAAUAAAAGUCUUUGUAGUUCUAGUGAUCACAGCAAAUUCUGUUGCUGAAACUCUAAGUCUUGCACCUGACUUUGUAAGAGGGGGAGAAGCAUUGAGUUCCAUUUUCUCAAUCCUGGACAGGGGAACAAAAAUUGAGCCAGAUGAUGAAGAUGCAGAACACAUUGAAGAAACCAAAGGUGAAAUUGAACUAAAGCACAUCGAAUUUGCUUAUCCAUCUAGGCCUGAAGUGAAAAUUUUCAAAGAUCUGAACCUAAAAAUUAAAGCAGCUCGUAGCCAAGCCCUAGUUGGAGCAAGUGGCUCUGGAAAGAGCACGGUGAUUGCAUUAAUUGAAAGAUUUUAUGAUCCAAUUGCAGGUAAAGUUACCAUAGAUGGUAAAGACAUUAAAAAGCUAAAUCUGAAAUCUCUGCGUUUAAACAUUGGGCUUGUGCAACAAGAGCCUGCACUUUUUGCUGCCACAAUAUAUGAAAAUAUACUCUACGGAAAAGAAAAUGCUACUGAAACUGAAAUUAUUGCAGCUGCCAGGGCAUCAAAUGCUCAUAAUUUUAUCAGUAGCUUACCCAAUGGCUAUCAAACCAUGGUUGGUGAGAGAGGUGUUCAGUUGUCAGGAGGACAGAAGCAGAGAAUUGCAAUUGCAAGAGCUGUCUUAAAGAAUCCUGGAUUGCUUUUGUUGGAUGAAGCUACUAGUGCAUUAGAUGCAGAAUCAGAAAGUAUUGUUCAGGAGGCACUGGAAAGAUUGAUGCGUGGAAGGACAACUGUGGUGGUUGCUCAUCGUUUGUCAACAAUUCAUAAUGUGGAUUCAAUUGCUGUUGUUCAGGAUGGUAGAAUUGUUGAACAAGGUAGUCAUCAGGAGCUACUUGCUUCUAGUGGACCAUAUUCCAAUCUCCUAAAUCUUCAACGACACAAUGCAUAACCUUGACAUAAUUUCUCUUACUUUUGGUUGCUGUAGAUACAGAGAUGAUGAACCCAUCUCCAUCGUAUUGUAUUUGACAACUGCAAAUGUGUUUUAUGUUAUGCCAAAUAUUGUUUCACUUGUUAUUGAUGAUUUACAUAUUAUUCACUAUACUAUACCAGUAACGUUGGCCUGCUUCUGUGAGAAACCUUCUAGAACUUCUUAUACGAAAUAUAGAAAUUAUGAUUCCUUCAA